UGUUGAUUAAAAUACGUAAAUAAAGGAAUUGUUUCCUAUCGAAGCGGAGUGGAAGUAGUGAGUGACAUACAUAUUAAUACUGAUACAGUCAAUAUAGUUACUGUUGAACAAUUGUGUAGCUGGAUAAGUGCUAACAUUGACAGUUUAAAUGCAAGUGACAGUUGCAUGAUGGGUAAAGUGCUACUCGCGAACAUAUUUAAAAACCUCAAAAUGGACAAAAAUCUUGUUAACACAACGAAAGCGAAAGAGUAUUUGGCGGUGCAUAAGGAAUUUCGUAGUGAUUCUAGCAUAAGUGCUUCUGAACAACUUGUGGUUGACAAUUUCAACAAUAGAAUAUUUUGCCUGCAACGGGACACCAUUGAAAAUCUUUAUAAUACGGCUCGGCCGUUACUUCAUCCUGAUUUGACAGACCGAUCUAAUGGAUUAAAAAAACUUGUAGAAGAGAUCGAACAAAAUAUUGAUUUGAUAUGUGAAUUGGAAUAUUUAAUUAGAAGCAUUCCUGUUCGAGAAACCAAACACAGUAUCCAUCUUAUCUUGCAGCAUUUGCGGUUUUCGAGUGAAACUGAAUUGAUCUCAGCGGAAGAGCUGUGUUUAAUCCGAAAUGAUACGCCUUUGCUGGCUGUGGGGUGUUAUUUUCAGUCAUUUAAACUGUACGAAUUCUCGUACUUGUACGCAACUAAUGAAACCGCUGUAAUUUGUCACUUAAUUACCGAAUUAUGUCAAAAUGUGGGGUUAGAUUGUCUAAAAUUAGUAAUUGGAGAAGCUAAUGUUUUAUCCACUAGUUUCACAGAAUUUACUAAUUUAUUCCAUGGUUUGGCGCCAGAGGUCACCGGAAUCAUCACGGAAAAAUCUGACUUAGACUCAGCUGUAGACAUUUUCCUCAACUCUGAACGUCAUCCAUUUCUGCUGUCACGUAUAUUUAUACAAGAAAGCAUAUAUAAGGAUUUUAAGGACAUCAUUGCUUGGAAAUGUAGAUCACAACAAAAUACCAACAUCAGUUUCAAAUCAAACUGCACAGAUGCUUUCAAAUAUGAAAAGAAAACAUUUUACUUGGAUUAUGCUGGAAAUAUCGAGGAAACCAAAAAUCAAAACGAUCAGUUGGUAUUCGUCGAAGCAUUCAGAACAAUUAAUGAACUCCUAUCUGUCUUAAAUAAGUCUCAAAAGCGUCUUUGUUUAUCUAUAUGGGCAAGCGGUGUAUCAGAAGCGAAUGAAAUAGCAAUUAACGUGAACGUACCCAUUGUCUGGAUAAAUAAUUAUUGCAAAUUUGAUGGACCUCCCGAAGUAUCACAGGCCGUAUUUGAUAAAACAUACUUUAGUGGUCAUGUUUCCACUAAAAAAGAGAUUAUAGAACACCUGUCGCAGCGUCAGAAGGCGUGGGAGAAAAAACCUUUCAGUGAACGUUAUGAAAAAGUAAUUAAAGCAUUUGAAAUGGCUAAUCCAGACAUUGGCAAUGCCUUAAAAGCAAAAACUAAAUCAUACUGGAAGUACAACAACUUCAUGGCAGUGCAAGAUAAAACUAUGGUAAUGGGAUUUAAUUCUCCUAUCCCUUUGAUAAGCUUUUAUUGGACCUAUGAAUUAAAUAAUAAUAUCAACCAUCCUAAAAUGGUAUCUAUAUGGCUAAGUUUUGCCAGGGCACUUAUAAAUGGAAGUGCUAUAGGUUAUCGCGUUAUAAAGAGCAGUAAUGAUGAUUUAAUAUCAGAUUUACUUAAAUCGUUGUCAGACUUUGGUCUUCCAUUAAGUAAAAUAGAAAACACGGAAUCCUCAAAUUUACAGCAUAAGAUGACAUAUAGUUAUUAUGCUGAAUGUUUUCAAACCAAAGUUAUCUGGACCAGCUUUGGGACCACUUUUGCAAACUGAAUGAGCGUUUGACUUGUUUGUUUGGCAGAUUGGAGAAUAAUAAUAAGAAAAUUCUACGGAUUUCUUUAUUAAAUAACGAAUUUAAAUCAAUGUUUGUAUGUGUUUGGUCAUAAUGUUAAGUAAUAAGUUCAGUAGCAUUCUAUUCAGACUUUUUACCACAGCGGUUCGUAAAGGCUCUCUUUAUAUUUCAAAAACUGAUGAAAAAGCGAAUUUUAUCCACUAAGUAAUUAGACGCAAAUUUUGAGUUGGUCGGGGGAAUUAAUUUUAAGUGAUGAUUUUGUGUGAACAAAAAUAUAUAUAACUUUUAUUUGGAUUUGAUUUGUAAUGUUCAUCAGAUUGUGUUUUCCUUGGUAGCACAAUUUGCUUAACACUCGUGCCUUGAAUUACUCGCAACGCUCAAGAUUCCAAUUUUCGAGCCACUCACUACGCUCGUAGUUAAAUUUUGAAAUCUUCCGCUUGCUCAUGUAUCAAUUUUUGCACGAGAAAUAAACAACUGUGCCCCUUGUAACACAAACAACUAUUGCAACCUAGGUUUUCUUAAUCUAUGUAUCUUUUAAACGAGUUAAUUUAAGUAAGAUUUGA